AGCUUGGCAAACGUAUUCAAUUAAGUGAGAGUGAAGCAGUUGCAUGGCAAGGUAAAUGGGAAGUUAGUCAACGUAGUUUGUUGGAAUUAGCUGAACAGCAUAAAAAAGAAAUGUCAGAAUCAUUGAAUGCUAAGAAACAAGUAGAAAAACUUAGUGGAUUAUGUAGAGCUUUAAAAGAUCAAUUGAAUGAAUUAAGAAAAUCACAACGAUGCCAGAAGGAAUCACAAAACUUGGAAGCUAAACAAAAUGAACAAGAACUGACGUCUACUGCGUCUUCCACUUCUUGUUGUUGUCGUCAUCAUCCUGGUGAUGAUGUUGACGAUCAUCAUCAUCUUCAUGAGGCAGAGAAGACAAAGGGAAAAACUGCUGACAAUUCAUUGGAAGAUUCUAAUUUGAUUCAUCAAAAUAAUAAUGAUAAUAUUAAUCUAAAUAGUAGUACAACAAAUCAAUCAGGUUCUCAUAGUAUUAAUACUCAUAAAACGGAUGGAAAUGUUGAACCCUAUACAGCAACAAUGACGACAAUUGGAAAGAGUAGUUCCACACACAAUGAAUCCAAUUGUUCCUCGAAUUCAUUAAUUCACUGUACAGAUAGCAUGAAUGAACUAAAAUUAGAUUGUAGUAUAAUUGAAGGUGAUAUCUAUAUACAUACAUCCUAUACUGGAAUCCGAACUGAUACGUGAAUAAACAGACUAAGAAUAACUAAGAAAAUGUUAUUGGAAAAGUUAGAUACUCAUCUAUACGAUUCGUUUAAGUAGUACAAUAAUCAAAUAACUACAGAACGUAACAAUAAUGUCAGUCUUCUUCCAAAUCGUAAAUCUCAAUCCAUUUUAAACUGAAUAACUUUCAUUAAUUACUGUGCCAAGUUUAAAUGAUGCCAUUUCUAAUAAAUACUGAUCUCAAUUUUUCAGCGACAUCAUCAGGGAAUUCUAAAAAUCCAAUCUCUGAAUAAUCAAUAAAUACGAUACAUUGACUGAGAGAAAUGAAUAAAUCAGUUGUUUGGACAAAGAAAUCAAGUCAUCACCACCACCACCACAACAACAACAACACCAAUGAAGUGUUGAUUUUCCCUUAUCCCUAUAUGUGUUCGGAUGCUUUCCAAAUUACUCCUAAAAAUAAACCAAAUAAAUACAGCUGUAGUUUGUUUGUAUUCUCUCCAUUUGUAUUCCCCCUAGUCUUUAUGCAUUUUGAUGUACUUCUUUAUCAACCAAUUAAUUUAACACUAUCCAGGAAGGAAAUGUCUUCCAUAUGUUGAUAUCGAUCUUGUUUUUUUAAACUCUUGGUUACUUGUUCAGCUUCAACCGACCACUUUUGUUUACUGUCAACACAUUUUAACUUUUAGUCACUUUUAUUUCAUAUACAACAGUCCCUAUGGUAUACAGUAACAAGAAGAAAUUACAAUGCAAUACAGUAAUAAUCACAUUGUUCAGGCUUUGUUUCCGAUUUUCUUGUUCAUUCUAACUUU